AGGUGAUUGGGUAGUGAUACCACAGGGGGAAGCUAGUCAAAAUGCUCCAGGACAUUGGUGCUAGAACCAUGGAGGUCUACGAGUUCCUCUUGAAGGGAACAGGUGAGGGAUUUAUUUUUCUACAUAGUUAAUUACCUUACUAUACCUCUGCUUUGUGUACUUUGAAAGCUGUACAUGACUUAUUGGUCAUAGACCUGUUCUGUAGUGUAUUUUCACAACUCUGAGAAUGUUUUAUUUCUCAGACCCGCGAUUGUGGGGCUACCCACUCAUGCAGAGUCCGGUGAACAUGACGGCCAUCUUGCUGACCUACAUCUUCUUCGUGCUGGUCGCUGGGCCUCGCUUCAUGGCCAACAGGAAGCCCUUUCAGCUCAAGGAGGCCAUGAUCACCUACAACUUUACCAUGGUGGCGAUGUCAACCUUUAUUGUCUAUGAGGUGAGACACUGUGAAGCAAAGCUCUUGUUUCUCAAAGAUCAGGGUUCUUGAUUGGUUCUUUUGAGAGGCAUCUCUACAGAACUUGGAGCCAGUCAUUCCCUGGCAGUAUAUUGGGUGUUUGGUAUGUGGCAGCUCUAUCUAAAUGGGUCAUUCGCCUCCUUGGCCAGAGUGUGUUGGAUAAUUGGAACACUAGCUAAAUUACUAUUGCCUAGAUAGACGGGAGGCACAGAGGUAAAUAAGAUUUGAGAUUUACAUGAAGAUGACCGAUAUACUCCCAUAUAGUCAAUAACAGUGUGGGUCCUUUCCAAUCUACCAAUCUAGUUUGACUACCGGUAGCUACAGCAUGUCUAAACUGAUUUUGUCCUCUUGUAUUCUUAGUUCUUGAUGUCUGGCUGGGCCACAACAUACACAUGGAGAUGUGACGCAAUUGAUUACUCGGACAGCCCCCAAGGCCUUAGAGUAAGUGUUGAAUCUUCGCUUCACACAUGGUUUCCCCGUAAUGGUCAUGAGAUGCAUCUUCUUUGAAAGAAAGUAUGCAUGAAAAGGUCAACAUUCUUAUAUAUUCCUACUGAUCCACUGUGUCAAUACUAUCUUUAGACUGUUUUGUCCAAAUUCUCACCUUUUCAUGUUUUGUUCCCUUACUAGAUGGUUCGAGUGGCCUGGUUGUUCUUGUUCUCCAAAUUCAUUGAGCUCUUGGACACGGUAAGACUUCAGAUUAUUUCUUUUAGAUUUGGAUUUCCCCAGUCUCUCCCUGUAGUGGCUUCCUUACCAAUUGACCAUAGCCACUGCCCAAGUCUGAAGCGGGGUUGUUUCGGACGCAUACAGUCCACAUUCGAAGUUUCCAAACGGCAAAAACAUUCAAUGGGAUCCAGGGAUAUGGUGCAACACAAAAAAGGUUUAUUCUUCUUAUAUCUAACAAAAAAUGAUUUUCCAAUCAACUUAAAGCAUAGAUUACUUGACAUGAAAAAUACAUGUAUAUAAACAGGCCAUAUUGUGUAUGUAUGGUCAAAAGAAUAUACCACUCCCACAUCUAGCUAGGACUCCCCUCCCCCCGAAGGCCCAACUUCCUGCCUCUAUCCUAUCACUAACACACUUACCACAGUACAAUGAAUGGGCAAGAGGGGGAGCUAAAAACUAAGUUACACUAAUAACAAAGGAAUAUAUCUCAAUCAGGUAAAUAUAAAUCAGAAAGGUACGUACCUAAUAUUUCAUCAUAUACAUUCAUAUGUGAUAUAUUUCCACACACGUACAUGGAGCUCUGUAUGUUCUGUCUUUUAUACAAAUAUGUCUCAAUCAUCUCUAACACUCCCUCUGUUCACGUUGAGGUGAUCAUCGCUGAAUUUGACGUGUUUCUCUCUUUGGGUCAGGUGUUCUUCGUUCUGAGGAAGAAACACGGCCAGAUCACAUUCCUGCACGUCUUCCACCACUCCUUCAUGCCCUGGACCUGGUGGUGGGGCGUCAGCUUCGCUCCCGGUCAGUCCACACUACUGCCUGGCCUGCUACCAGUCAGCUGGAAUACUAGUUCAACUUUUGACAUUUCAAAAUAGAAAACAUUUAUCGUCAUGUUACCGACCGGUAUUGUAAUACUGGGUGUGUGAAAUGGUGGGAAGACAAUUCCACUUGCAGUAGACAAACAAUUGGGAGAAAAUUGAGCUUUUCAAUUAAAGUGUAGUAGUCCAAAAGUCCAUGCCUUCUAAAAUUGUGUUUGUGUUACCCGUGAUUACAUGCUUACCCCAGAAGGAAUCCUGAAACUACAUAAAUGACUGUCAUGUAUUAGCUGUUAAUAUAGACCAGAAACAGCUCAUCACCCAUUCAAUCAUUAAUUUAAAUAAACUCUUAGAAGACAAGUAUGUUGUUGGUGGAUCCAGUGGAAUGUGGGCAGGGUUGGUUUGAUGUGUUCUGUGUGUUUUACCCCAGGGGGAAUGGGCUCUUUCCAUGCCAUGGUGAAUUCCAUCGUCCACAUCAUCAUGUACUCCUACUACGGCCUGUCUGCGGCUGGACCACGAUUCCAGAAGUUCCUCUGGUGGAAGAAGUACAUGACCGCCAUCCAGCUGGUACAGUGUCUUGCGAAAGUAUUCACCCCCCUUGGCAUUUUUCCUAUUUUGUUGCCUUACAACCUGGAAUUAAAAAAUGUUGGGGGUUUGUAUCAUUUGAUUUACACAACAUGCCUACCACUUUGAAGAUGCAAAAUAAGACACAAAAAAAUGUCAAUACUUUGCAGAGCCACCUUUUGCAGCAAUUACAGCUGCAAGUCUCUUGGGGUAUGUCUCUAUAAGCUUGGCACAUCUAGCCACUGGGAUUUGUACCCAUUCUUCAAGGCAAAACUGCUCCAGCUCCUUCAAGUUGGAUGGGUUCCGCUGGUGUACUGCAAUCUUUAAGUCAUACCACAGAUUCUCAGUUGGAUUGAGGUCUGGGCUUUGACUAGGCCAUUCCAAGACAUUUCAAUGUUUCCCCUUAAACCACUCAAGUGUUGCUUUAGCAGUAUGCUUAGGGUCAUUGUCCUGCUGGAAGGUGAACCUCUGUCCCAGUGUCAAAUCUCUGGAAGACUGAAACAGGUUUCCCUCAAGAAUUUCCCUGUAUUUAGCGCCAUCCAUCAUUCCUUCAAUUCUGACCAGUUUCCCAGUCCCUGCCGAUGAAAAACAUCUCCACAGGAUGAUGCUGCCACCACCAUGCUUCACUGUGGGGAUGGUGUUCUCGGGGUGAUGAGAGUUGUUGGGCUUGCACCAGACAUAGCGUUUUCCUUGAUGGCCAAAAAGCUCAAUUUUAGUCUCAUCUGACCAGAGUACCUUCUUCCAUAUAUUUGUGGAGUCUCCCAUAUACCUUUUGGCGAACACCAAACGUGUUUGCUUAUUUUUUUCUUUAAGCAAUGGCUUUUUUUCUGGCCACUCUUCCGUAAAGCCCAGCUCUGUGGAGUGUACGGCUUAAUGUGGUCCUAUGGACAGAUACUCCAAUCUCCGCUGUGGAGCUUUGCAGCUCCUUCAGGGUUAUCUUUGGUCUCUUUGUUGCCUCUCUGAUUAAUGCCCUCCUUGCCUGGUCUGUGAGUUUUGGUGGGCAGCCCUCUCUUGGCAGGUUUGUUGUGGUGCCAUGUUCUUUCCAUUUUUUAAUAAUGGAUUUAAUGAUGCUCCGUGGAACGUUCAAAGUUUCAGAUAUUUUUUUUAUAACCAAACCCUGAUCUGUACUUCUCCACAACUUUGUCCCUGACCUGUUUGGAGAGCUCCUUGGUCUUCAUGGUGCCGCUUGCUUGGUGGUGCCCCUUGCUUAGUGGUGUUGCAGACUCCGGGGCCUUUCAGAACAGGUGUAUAUAUACUGAGAUCAAGUGACAGAUCAUGUGACACUUAGAUUGCACACAGGUGGACUUUAUUUAACUAAUUAUGUGACUUCUGAAGGUAAUUGGUUGCACUAGAUCUUAUUUAGGGUAUUCAUAGCAAAGGGGGUGAAUACAUACUGUAUGCACACAUCACUUUUCCGUUAUUUAUUUUUUAGAAUUUUUUGAAACAAGUUAAUUUUUCAUUUCACUUCACCAAUUUGGACUAUUUUGUGUAUGUCCAUUACAUGAAAUCCAAAUAAAAAUCAAUUUACAUUACAGGUUGUAAUGCAACAAAAUAGGAAAAACGCCAAGGGGGAUGAAUACUUUUGCAAGGCACUGUAUGUUUUUGUUAGUUUGAAUGGAUGUAUAUGGCUUUGUCAUUUCCUGUAUGGAUUUGUACUAUGAGUAGUUAGCUUUUGCCAGGUCUUCGUGGCCAUUUAGUUUUUAGUUGUUUCUCUAAAAGGCUACCUUUACUAGAUUUUUUGGACUGUUGUAGAUGCAGAAUACUAAAGUAGUAAAUACCAUUGUUGAUCAGUGCAAGCACUGUGUCAUUUCAGAACAUCCAUCCCCAUAUUGUUCCUCAUCAUUCCACCAACUCUAUCCAACAGGUUCAGUUUGUGAUGGUGUCACUUCACGCCACCCAGUAUUACUUCAUGAAGAGCUGUGACUACCAGGUCCCCCUGUUCAUCCACCUCAUCUGGAUGUACGGCACCUUCUUCUUUGUGCUUUUCUCCAACUUCUGGUACCAGGCUUACGUAAAGGGCAAGAGGUUGCCCAAGCAGGAUACCAAUCCCAGCCUCAACGACAAGGCCAACGGGACCACCUUGGUCGCCAAUGGCAAGUACCAUGAGAACAGUACCAGCAAUGGCACCAGCAACAGUUCCAGUCACCACAAAAAUGGCAGUGCCCAUGCAGGAAAAAUGAAGAAGUCCUAGGAUCUUCGGAAAAUAACACCCAAGACGCAUGAAUAUGAGAUCCCGCACAAACUACAAUGGAUUCCAAAUAAUGUUUUGGUUAUAUUUAUUUUCUGAUCGUUAAGUUUUAUUCCGCACAACAACCUGGGAAAAUGAUGUGGUCAAUGAUUUCCUCAGUUGGGGUCCCACAUUAACAGUUUUUUUCUUUAAAAUGGGAAACUAACUAUGGAACACAAUGUAUGAAGAGAAGACAUGUUAUUAUGACCUAAUGUUAUCUUCACUGAUGUUGCCAACGAAGACUACGAAGGUUACAUACUGUACGUACAUGUGCGCACAAACACCUGUCGCCACCCGAUCAUGUCCCUCUGACCCCCUGUAGACAGAUGACACUGUACAAUUUCUAUCAUCAAAUUUGAACACACCUUUGUAAAUAGUUUUACCGUCAAAAACAACUAAUGAAAUUGGUAUGCUGUUGGUAUGCUGUUAAAUGAAAUACCAAUAAAUUACAUUUUAUGUAACUGGUCUUACCUGUGGAAAUGUUAAUGACAAUUUGAACCUUCGUUGAAUACAGUAGCUUUUAAAUAGUCCCAAAGGUUGAAAGCGUUCAAAAAACCUUUUGCACACAAGUUAAGUUGACACAUUUCAGUCUGCAUUAAAAACGCAUUAUGGCUAUGAAAGCUGUAAAGCCUUCCCUGAAGCUCAAUGACUGACAAUGACCAAGUACUUAGAAUAAUGGUUAACCAAUGGCCUCAUCUCUAUAGUGGGUCUCUCUUCCCUUCUAUCCUCAGAAAAGUUUAAAAGUGCAACUUUUGCCCAGGAAUAUAUUUGUACAAGCCAUUUGUUUUCUUAAGUAAUCUAAUCUGCACAGUGUCAGGUCUUAUAAAGGUGUCCUGUUAAUUACUUGGUAGCUGGAGGCUGCUAAGUGAUUCAAUUCAUAAGUUCAACUAUUUGAGAAAUGCUAAUUGACAUCUUUGCUUUAUAGUCCCAUGCUUAUGAGAUUGAACCUUGCCAUACUUUCUCAUGAACUAGAUAAUGCUCUGGUCAUAUAGGCACACUUGGUUUUACAUAAUGCUUAUCGUCAUAAUGCUGAAUUGUUUUGGAACUAGGCUCAAAGUGAAUAAAACAGUGUUUUGUUUCAGA